UGGGUUGCUCGUGCUUGAAGAAGAGAUAGGGGCACGUGGCGGUCCUCAGCCCAGCACUGAACACACUGUACAGCUCUGAAGGUCGAGGACUGUCGAGCGGGUUUGGGUGCAGAUUCGAGCAAAUAGCGAAUGAUUGUGCGCGCUUCAGAGUUCGGGCAGCAAAUGCUGGCACGCAUCAUGUCAUCAGGUGGAGCGUCCAAGCUCGUGAAGAGCGCUGCGUUCGAUCCCAAGGUCUUGCAAUUCCUCGUGUGCCCGUUAUCGAAGCAAGCCCUCAGGUAUUGUCAAGAAUCGCAGGAGCUCUUCAGUGACUCGAUCGGCGUGGCUUUCCCUAUCAAGGAAGGAAUUCCAUGUCUUUCACCGAUGGCUGGUCGACUGGUCGAGGCAGUCGAACCUGAAGCCCAGGCCCCUCCAAAGUCAUAACGUAGUUCAACAUGGGAAGAAAUUGUUCUGAAUGGGUCAGCAUGGCGUAGCUUCAGUGACUGGCACUCUUUGUACAUUCCGUUAUCAAGUUCUUUUGUGGGUUGACGCAGUCCACCACAACUCUUUCAGUAUUCUUCUGAAACUGGAACAAUCUCCUACAUUUACCUACUGAGAUCACCGCGAUUUGAUGCUCUAUCAGAUAUAUAUAUGUAUAAAAUUCUCUGUCACU